AUGUCUGAUUCAAAUUCAACGUCUACCGGUUCAGAAAAGAACAGGUACGUUGUUACUUCUAAUGAGAUUCAGAAAGCUGCUCCAAUUACCUCUCUUCGAACUAUUACCUCGAGAAAUGUUGGUGAGGUUAACUAUAUUAAUGCUAAGACUGCCCAUGAUGACACAGAGUUGUUGGCUGAAAUUGGUUACAAGCAGGAAUUGCAAAGACAUUUUUCCAAGAUCCAAGUGUUUGGUGUUUCCUUCUCUAUCAUGGGUCUUUUGCCCUCGAUUGCCUCGAUUCUUGUUACUGCCUUGCCAGGUGGGAUGGUGAGUUUGGUGUGGGGUUGGUUUAUUGCCGGUUUCUUUGUGCUAACGAAUGGUUUAGCCAUGUCUGAACUUGCCUCUGCUAUCCCAACCUCGGGUGGUCUUUAUUAUUACACAUACCAUUACGCUCCACCAAAGGCAAAGCGUUUGCUAUCUUUCGUUGUCGGUAACUCAAACUCAUUGGCGUUGAUCGCUGGUUUGUGUUCUGUUAAUUAUGGGCUUGCAGGCGAGAUCUUGUCCAUUGUUGUUAUCGCAAAGGACGGUAAUUUCGAAAUUACCAACGCUAAGACCUACGGUGUAUAUGCCGGGUGCACAAUUGCUGUAGGUAUUGUCACAUCAGUUGCAACUGUUGCAGUUUCCAGAUUGCAGACAUUCUCCAUUGUAUCCAACUUGAUUUUGAUCGCGAUAUUCUUCGUUGCACUACCAGUCGGUGUCGCUAAGUCUGACCACAUGGAUUUCAACAGCGCUAGCUAUAUUUUCGGUAACUGGGAAAACCUCUCAGACUGGACUGAUGGAUGGCAAUUCAUGUUGACCGGUUUCACUCCCGUCAUUUGGGUCAUUGGUGCUUUCGAUUCCUGCAUUCACAUGUCUGAAGAAGCUAAAAACGCAACUGCUUCUGUCCCAUUCGGUAUCAUUGGUUCCAUUACCGUGUGCUGGAUUCUAGGCUUCUUAAUCUGUAUUGUCCUUGCAGCUUGUUCUUCCAAGGACAUUGCUGGUAUUCUAGGAGGUAAGUUUGGUCAACCAUUUGCCCAGAUCAUAUUCGAUGCCAUGGGCAAAAACUGGGCCAUCGCACUUAUGGUUCUUAUUGCCUUCUGUCAAUUUUUGAUGGCAUCUUCUAUCUUGACAGCUAUCUCUAGACAAAUCUGGGCUUUCGCUCGUGAUGACGGUUUGCCAUUCUCACGUAUCAUCAAGGUGGUCAAUGUGAAAUUGUCUUCUCCAAUUAGAGCUACUUGGUUUGGUGCUAUCUGUGCCUUGGCCAUCGGCUGUCUAUGUUUGAUUGGUACCCAAGCUUCAUCCGCAUUGUUCUCACUUUAUAUUUCCGCCAACUACUUCUCGUGGAUGGUUCCAAACCUACUAAGGAUGACCUUCGGUCAGGAAAUUUUCACACCGGGUGCUUUCUACAUGGGGAAGACAUGGUCCCCCAUCAUCAACUGGACCUCCAUCGCCUUCGAAUUAUUCAUCAUCAUUCUAAUGCAAUUCCCUUCCAUGCAACAUCACAUUACUCCAAAGACGAUGAAUUACACUGUCGUUUUCACUGGUACCGUAUGGAUAGGUUCUGUGCUCUACUUCAAAUUCUAUAAGAAGAGGAUCUUCGUGGGUCCAAAGUCCAACUUGACCGAUGCAGAAUACGAGGAAAAUGUCGGACAAGACGUCCUUGACGCUAUUCUCUCGAAACAACAAGAACAGGAAUAA